AUGGAAGAGCUUCCAGCCAAUGAUGGGCACAAUGAAGAUGGGAAUGCCAAUGUAGGAAGCGAAGAAGUCAGCCGUGUUCCAAUUUCCUUUCAGAAAUACUGGGAAGCCGGCGACCAGGGUGAUAAUAGUCGAUCCGAUGAACCCGAACCAGGCAGCAUACGGCUGCAGCGGGGCCAUCCAGGGCAGCGAGCUGCGGCUGACGCCCUGCGCCUUGAGUCCGGCGUAAAACCGGAUGUAACAGAAGCAGAGCGUCGCCCAGGCGAUCAAACCGGCGACGGUGCUCAGAUUCAGCAGCCAGGUGAACGCUUGCGAGGCGCCACCAGAGCCGAGACCUAA